UUGAACCAGUACACGCUGGACAAGGACUUUGAGGACACGUUGAAUGUUGCAUUAGAAAACAUCGACUCAAACCCAUUUAUAGACAAAGGUGUCCACCAAGCAACAGACAAUACAGACGCAUACUCACUCAAAAGCCUGAAUAAAAUGAACACGCACUCAUAUGGUUACGGACUCGAUGACGGCGAUAUCCCUUUGAUCCCAUCCAAUGACUCCAAUUCUGAUCCUCACAACUCCCGUCCUUCCUCGAAGGCAGAUUCGAGAACCAUUUGGAGCAAAGGAGUCCAAUCUCUGAUUCAUUCAUCCAACCGACUCGUCCUAGGAUCAGGAAGCAAGAAAAAAGGCAUUCAUCUGCCUUCGGAAGACUCGACCAGCCACAACAUCGAUGUCGGCGAUGAGCGCACUAUCAUACCGCACAUGGAUGGCGGAUACUCGUCCAACGCGGUUUCGAAUGCUAAAUACAAUGCGCUUUCGUUCUUCCCGAUGAUCCUUUAUGAGCAAUUCAAAUUCUUUUUCAACCUGUAUUUCCUGCUCGUUGCGCUCUCGCAGGCCAUUCCUGCUCUUCGGAUCGGCUAUUUAUCUUCUUAUAUUGUUCCGCUAGCAUUUGUGUUGACGGUGACGAUGUUGAAAGAAGCCAUUGACGACAUACAGAGACGUCGCAGAGACAUGGAGCAAAAUAAUGAGCUUUAUGAGGUUCUCGGAUCCAUGAAGAAGGUGCCGGCAAAAAACCUCAAAUGCGGAGACCUGGUCAAGCUGUACAAAGACAGAAGAGUGCCCGCAGAUAUGAUACUUCUCCAGUCAUCUGAAUCCAACGGGGAGUCCUUCAUUAAAACAGACCAACUUGACGGUGAAACCGACUGGAAGCUGAGAAUUGCAUGUCCCUUAACUCAAUCCCUUUCUGAAGAUGAUCUAGAACUAAUCAAGGUUACUGUAUCCCCACCAUCAAAACACAUCCACUCGUUUUUGGGCAAGCUCACGUUCGGCGAUCACACCUCGGCAUUGAACAUUGAUAAUACUAUGUGGGCAAACACCGUUCUUGCGUCCGGAACUGCAAUAGGUUUUGUUGUUUACACCGGCAAAGAUACACGUCAAUCAAUGAAUACCUCAGUUGCAGGUGUCAAAACCGGCUUGCUGGAACUGGAGAUCAACAAUCUAUCCAAAAUCCUGUGUGCGUGUGUUUUCAUAUUGUCGUUUGUACUGGUUGCAUGUCAAGGUUUUGCAAGCGAUUGGUAUGUGGAUGUGAUGCGCUUCUUGAUCUUGUUUUCCACAAUCAUUCCGGUUUCGCUAAGAGUGAACCUUGACUUAGGAAAAUCUGUUUAUGCCUACCAAAUCGAGCACGACAAAUCAAUCCCGGAAACUGUGGUCCGCACCAGCACUAUUCCCGAGGACCUCGGACGCAUUGAAUACCUGUUGAGCGAUAAGACAGGCACUUUGACCCAAAACGAUAUGGAGCUGAAAAAGCUUCACUUGGGAACAGUCUCUUACGCGGGAGACAGUAUGGAUCUGGUUGCAGAUUACGUACGCAACGCAAAUGAGCACGCCAAAACAUCAAGACGGGAUCUUGGCUCAAGAAUCAGAGACUUGAUCACCACCCUAGCGAUCUGUCAUAAUGUGACUCCUACAUAUGAAGAUGGAGAGCUUGACUAUCAGGCUGCUUCUCCUGACGAGAUUGCCAUUGUUAAGUACACAAAAAGCGUUGGACUAUCUCUGGUCAAACGUGAUCGCACUAGCCUCUCCAUUUUGCACGAAGCCACCAACAAGACCUACGAAUACGAUAUUCUUCAAGUUUUUCCAUUCAGUUCAGAGACUAAGCGAAUGGGAAUUAUUGUGCAUGACAAAAACCGGGAGGAGCUAUGGUUUUUGGAAAAAGGCGCAGACACCGUGAUGACCAAGAUUGUGCAACAAAAUGAUUGGCUGGAAGAAGAAACGGGAAACAUGGCACGGGAAGGCUUGCGCACUUUAGUCAUCGCCCGCAAAAGACUCACUACCAAUGUCUACGAGGAAUUCAAGGCCAAAUACCAAGACGCAAGCUUGUCCAUGCUGAAUAGAGACCAGGCUAUGUCUAAAGUUCUUGCACAGUAUCUGGAACGUGACCUGGAAUUGCUUGGACUCACAGGCGUGGAAGAUAAGUUGCAGAAGGAUGUCAAGGCAUCGAUUGAGCUUUUGAGAAAUGCUGGUGUCAAGAUCUGGAUGCUCACAGGUGACAAGGUCGAGACUGCUCGUUGUGUUGCUGUGAGCGCAAAGCUGAUUUCAAGAGGCCAAUACAUCCAUACCAUUACUAAGCUCAGCCGCCCUGAAUACGCUUUACAACAAAUUGAAUAUCUUCGCACAAACAAAGAUGCAUGCUUAUUGAUUGACGGAGAAUCACUGGGCGUGUAUCUGACAUAUUUCAAGCAGGAAUUUUUCGACAUCGUUGUUCAUUUACCGGCUGUGGUAGCCUGUCGUUGUUCGCCCCAGCAAAAGGCUGAUGUGGCUUUGUUGAUUCGCGAUGCCACCAAGAAAAGAGUUUGCUGUAUUGGUGAUGGAGGAAACGAUGUCAGUAUGAUCCAGUGUGCCGACGUGGGUGUCGGAAUUGUUGGAAAGGAGGGCAAACAGGCGUCGCUGGCUGCUGAUUUCUCAGUUACACAAUUCUGUCACCUGACAAAGCUACUUCUUUGGCAUGGCAGAAAUUCGUACAAGCGCAGUGCGAAAUUGGCACAAUUUGUGAUCCACAGAGGACUCAUCAUUUCGGUGUGUCAGGCAGUUUACUCUAUCAGCUCCUCGUUCGAACCUCUUGCACUUUACCAAGGAUUUCUCAUGGUUGGUUAUGCGACCUGUUACACCAUGGCUCCCGUCUUUUCUCUGGUUUUAGACUCUGACGUGAGUGAGAACUUAGUGUCGUUGUACCCAGAGCUGUACAAAGAGCUGACUGCUGGACGCUCGCUGUCAUACCGCACAUUUUUCGUUUGGGUGUUUGUGUCCCUAUACCAGGGAAUAGUUAUCCAGGGGUCCUCUCAAACAUAUGUUGGACUGAGCACAGAUGUGUUCACCAAAAUGGUGGCUAUUAGUUUUACUGCAUUGGUGUUGAAUGAGCUGGCCAUGGUUGCAAUUGAGAUCAAUAAAUGGAAUAAAGUGAUGAUGUUCAGCGAGAUUAUUACUCUGGCGAUCUACAUCGGGUCUAUUCCUUUCUUGUCUGAUUACUACGAUAUGAAUUAUGUGAAGAGCGUCUCGUUCCUUUGGCAAACGUCCUCUAUUUUGGCAAUAUCAUUGCUUCCUAUUUGGGCAGCAAAGGCCAUCAAUAGGAAACUGAGACCGCCAAAUUAUGCCAAAGUGCAGCAAGCAUAG